AUGGAGUUUGACGUGUCCGAGAACGACUCGUUCUUUCCGAAAGUCUUACCGGUAUCGCUUCUCGGCCUUUUGGCUAAGAUCAAAGUGAAGACGUCUCUACGAGAUGGGGCGCUGAGACCCAGUGACCUUCUGGCCCAGUUCAAACAGGCCGGACCUCAAACCAGGAGGCACAUCAGAGCUGCUGAGUUGCUGGACACCACAGUGGAGCUGCUCAGAGAGAUGGUCUACACCAGCACCAUGGCCGAGGCCAACUCAACUGCUGACCUGUUAAGUGAAAAGGACAUGGAGGUUUUGCUGCAGGCUACAGGAUGUUCCUCUGAGUUACUGAGACCCCUCUGUAGGACUGACUGUCUCUCUGAACGAUACCGCUCCUUCACUGGGGAGUGCAAUAACAGACAGCACCCUAAAUGGGGUGCAGCCAACACCGCAUACUCCCGGUGGCUCCACCCAGAGUACGAGGACUUCAGAGGGGCCCCCCGAGGCUGGGACCCAGAACACACCUACAACAACUUCACCUUGCCCCCAGUGCGCCUGGUGUCCCAGGAGGUUCUGCUCACCCAGAAUGAUGACAUCUCCCUGGACACGUCUCUGUCCCACCUGCUGGUGGAAUGGGGCCAGUGGAUCGACCACGACCUUGCUCUGACCCCACAGAGCCCCAGCACGUCCGCCUUCAGGACCGGGGUGGACUGCACGCGCACCUGCAGCCGAGACACACCGUGCUUCCCCAUACAGAUUCCGCUGUCUGACCCCCGCACCGGUAUCCAGAGCUGUAUGCCGUUCUUCCGUUCCGCACCCAGCUGUGUGGGCGGGGCCUUGGCCGGGACCCCUCCUCACCAUCACCGGGAGCAACUGAACGCCAUCACCUCAUUUGUGGAUGCCAGUAUGGUUUAUGGUAGCUCCUCCUCCCUGGCCGCAGCACUGAGGGACAGCUCCUCUCGUCUGGGCCGACUGGCCCUCAAUGACCAAGCCUCAGACCAGGGCCUCGCCUACAUGCCCUACCUGCCUCGGCUGCAGGGACACCUGGAUCCCUGUGGGCCUCGUAGGGGCUCUGUAGACAACUUUACUAGAGAACAGGACAAUAUUACAUCCUGUUUCCAAGCAGGUGAUUCACGGGCCAAUGAGCACCUAGGGAUGAUAGCCCUCCACACGCUGUUUCUGAGGGAACACAACAGACUGGUGGAACAGCUGCACCUCCUCAACCCCCACUGGGGCCCAGACACCCUGUACCAGGAGGCCAGGAAGAUCAUUGGGGCCAUACACCAGAUCCUGACGUGGGAGCACUACUUGCCCAGGGUCCUGGGUGAGACAGCUACCUCUCAGCUGAUGCCUACUUUCAGGGGUUACGACCCCGAGACUGACCCCAGCAUUUCCAACGUCUUCUCGGCCGCCGCCUUCCGCUUCGCCCAUGUCACCGUGCAGCCAGUCGUAGCCCGCCUGGGCUCUGGGUACAGCCUCUCCCCGGAGCACCCGUCUCUCCCACUGCAUCACUCCCUCUUCGCCUCCUGGAGGGUGGUACAGGAGGGGGGUAUAGACCCGAUCCUGCGUGGGCUUCUUCUCUCCCCGGCUAAGCUGCAGCUGCCGGGUCAGAUGAUGGUUGAGGAGCUGACGGAGAGGCUGUUCCAGGCCCAGGGAGGCCUACCUCUAGACCUGGCAGCUCUCAACCUGCAGAGGGGCCGAGACCACGGCCUGCCAGGUUACAGCUCCUGGCGUGCCCUUUGUGGCCUCUCCGUUCCCAACACGACCUCCGACCUGGCAGACAUCCUGGGCAGCCCCGGUCUAGCGGAGAAGUUCCGGUCGUUGUACGGGACGCCCCAGAACAUUGACGUGUGGGUCGGGGCCAUCUCAGAGCCUCCUCUGGCUGGGGGCCGUGUGGGGCCCCUCCUGGCCUGCCUGCUGGCCCGACAGUUCAGAGCCCUAAGAGACGGAGACAGGUUCUGGUGGGAGAGGGAGGGUGUGUUCACCGGGGCCCAGAGAGCAGCCCUCCACGCCGUGUCUCUGUCCCGCAUCAUCUGUGACAACACCCGCAUCGCACACGUCCCCUCCGACCCCUUCAGGCAUACGGUCAGCCCGGACGACAUGCUCGCCUGCAACCACGCCCUCAUCCCUCACCUCAACCUCUCUGCAUGGAAGGAGCCUGACACAGAUCCCAAGUGUGGUUUAGUCCCCAGGCUAGAAUCUGGCUUCUCAAUGCUCUGUGACUCCACCAUCUACUACCAGUGUGCUCCAGGCUAUCAGCUGAUUGGUCCUUCUUUGGUGACCUGUGACCCCAACAGUCAGCUGUGGAAUGCAGCACCCCCAACGUGCCAUGAUGUUGAUGAGUGUGCCGACCAGCCAACCCUGUGCCCCGAAAACAAAGAUUGCCUUAACACCCCCGGGUCAUACAUGUGCAAAGAGCCGGACCAAUCCUCGCUGUCAGCAGUCUCUGUGGUCUCUGCAGUGAUAGCUGUGGUUGGGGGCGUGGCCGUCAUCUUCAUGAUAUUGACCUGCUACAGAAGGUACAGGCACUUUCCCAAGGCAGAACCAACAAGCGGUGGUUGCUGUAAGAGGGAGAAAUAGUCAAGCGACAUCUCUGGAAACGUGGUCUUCACGCAUUUCAUUACGCUUCAGUAUUUUUAUGGUUGUUUAUAAAAUGUUACAUCCUAACAGUAUACAGCUGAAUGCAUUGACAUUAUAUCUAACUAGAAGUUAUUUGUUAGAAAUUAAUCUGAAAUGGCUGAAUUCUGAGAGCAAUAAAGUUAUGUUGUAAUGUGAAGAUGUUAUGUUGGGCCACAGAUAAUUAUACUGUAUAAACUUCAGUCAGAUUACACUCAAAAGCCUGAUCUU